AUGACAGUUGCGCCCUCUGUGGCUACCAAUACUCUGCACGUAACCUACGACCCGAGGCUCACGGACAGAGGCGACUUGUAUGUUACAUUUCGUGGUCUAGCUGGCUUUGAGUUGGUAGGAUUAUAUGAAUCAUACUUGUUUGUCCGAUUUGAGACUCCUGUAUUCGCUGCUCUCGCAUUAUGCAAACCUCGUCCUGUUGGAGUCAUCACUUAUGAAGCAGCAAAGCAUCGAUACACUAUUCCAUAUCCACAACCGCAAGAUGACAAUGAUGGUCCAUGUGCAGUACUACAUAUUACACACAUGCCCUCUGGAUGGACUCAAGUCGAAAUGACCAAAAUAUUUCAGCUCUUUGACGGAUUUGUGCGUGCUACAUUCCAUGAAAAGUACAGUUACUGCCACUUCUUGACUCAUGAAGCAGCUGCUCGAGCCAGAAAAGAGUUACGAUGCUCUACGAAUCUGGUCGUAUCCUUUGCCAAAGUAUUCAAAGAACAAAGAAUACCAAUGGCCCCUCAAAUGGAUGGCGGUCGUCCUGUUCCAGGUGGUCUUGCAGGUCAAACACCAAGAACAGCAUACCCACCAUACUCUCCAUCAAUGAACCCAGUGCCAGCCUCAUAUUCUGCUCCACCACGAUUUCUACCUCGUCAACCAUAUAUAUCAUAUGAGCUCGCCUCAAAUGGAUAUACUACACCACCACCAUACGACUUGUAUUCAUAUCGUAGUCCGACACAUACAAUACAUCGAGCACACUCAGCAUCAUCACUCAACCAUCUCUACAGGCGUCAAUAUCAAUUGAGGACACCUCCAGAAGAAGCAGAUGAUGGGUUGGGUGAAGUGAUUGUACAUGACGAUGGUGAAGAGGAUGAUGAUCAUCUUGAAGCUAAUAAUUCAGGUGAUUCUAUAUUGGUCGACUUGGCUGCUGAAUUGGAUACUAUGAGCACUCAUGAUCGACCCGAUAUGACAGCAUAUAAAUAUCAGCAAUACUUGUAUCCUACUCAUCACUCUCACUCUAUGCCACGAAAAGGCUCAUUCGGAGCUUCGUCCGCUUACAAUAUGGAUACCAAUAGAUGGUCUGCUCCUAGCAAUCCCUCCUCAGCAUCUUCAAGCCCGCUACGAUCAGAAUAUCCAGAUUAUGACUUCGUUGAACGAGAGAUUGUCUAUGGCCAUCACAGAAACAUGCCAUCUUAUAAUGAUAAUCUACACGUCGGUCGUAUGCGCUACAGGAAAACAUCAGAUCCCUUGCCGGCUAGGAUGGAUGCGUCUGCAACGAGUAGGAUGGAUACUUUUGCGAUAGGAAGUGAACGAGCCAGAAACGCUCGAAUGUCCUCUCCCAGUAUGCCCAAUGGUAAUCCAGGAAACUCUCAUCACAAUGGCGGUAUGGGGACUCCAUCGUACCUGUUGAAUGAUCUACAACAACAGCAACAAGAUGGAAGGAGAUCAAUAGAUGAAAACUCUAUGGGUCGAAGAAUAUCAACUCCUCAACGUGAACGAACAUCUGUAUAUGGAGCUCAACAACCACAACAACAGCAGCAGCCAACUGGAUCUUCAAGAUCUUCAUCGCCGUCCUCUACAUCAUCAAAUUCUUCAUUGCAACCUCAUAAAAGCACAGAGCAGGACUCGUCUGCACAUCAACAGCAACUACCACAAACACAAUUGUAUGAACAUCACCUGAAUCAAUCAUUAGCAAAUCCAGAUCAGUCACCGUAUACACCAUCAUCACAACAACAAUCAUCAUCAGAUCACGCAGGAAUGUAUCAAUCUGUCUAUCCUACUACCGUAUCCGAACCUUAUGGAUGGUGA